UUCUCAGCUUCGUGUGGCUGCAGUCAGACAUGAGGACGCCUCGUCAUGUUGGAACCAUAAAAACAAACGUCAAAAAUAGAAAUGAAUAAACUCUAUUCAGUUCAGAAUAAGCAAACAUGUACACACGUCAUGUUGGCCUAUAAACUUGAUAGGAAAAUGAUUUUUCCCGGGAACAUCUUUGCAUGAGAGAGCAGUAAGGAGGUUAAUGAAUAACGGAGAAAGUCAGUUCACCAGCUGCUCAUCUGCAGUCAGACCCAGACGGAGAGGACCAGAGGAGAGACGAGGAUGGAGAGACUUCUUCUGACCAUCAUCAUCAUCGCUGGGGCAGGGCUGAGUGCUGUCUCAUCAGCUGCUGGACGUCAGUACUAUUUUGUUUAUGACAGGAAGAACUUUACUGAAGCCCAAAGAUACUGCAGAGAGAAACACACAGACCUGGUCACUGUAGACAGCAUGGAGGUUAUGAAGAUCCUGAACAACACGGCAGAUUUAAGCAAAAUGUUCUACUCCAAGAACAGCUCUAGAGCCUGGAUAGGACUUCAUGCUGACAGCUGGAGGUGGUCACUGUCAGACCCAAGUUUCUACAAACCCGGGGAGACGGAGUUCAGACGAUGGGGGGUUGGAGAACCAAACGGUGGAUACAGUUAUAAAGUCUGCACAGGGAUGGGUUCUGAUGGAUUCUGGUAUGACUCCGGUUGUGACACCAGCACGUAUCCAGUGUGCGCAGAUGUCAGAGGGUCAGAUGUGACUUUUGUCUCCAUCGACACCCGUAUGACAUGGACUAAAGCCCAGAGCUACUGCAGAGCUCACCACACAGACCUGCCCAGUGUGAGAAACAUGGCAGAGAACCAGAAGGUAAAGGAGGCGGCUGGAGGAAACAAUGUCUGGAUCGGCCUUUUCAGAGACUCCUGGAAGUGGUCAGAUGGAAGUAACUCCUCAUUCAGAUCCUGGAAGGUCGGCCAACCUGAUUACAACAACAGGAACGAGACUUGUGUGGCUGCAGACUUCAGCCAAUCAGGAGCCUGGGAGGAGUGGCCCUGUGACAUGGAGAGAGCGUUCAUUUGCUACGGUCCAGUGGUGUCAAACAAAGUGAUGAUGAAAGUGAAGUUUGAGAACAAGAAGAAUCUGAAUCUGACUGACCCUGCUGUGAUGGAGGCCAUGUUGAAGCAGCUGAAACAGAAGCUAGAGGGCCCGGGGCUGGACGACAACAUCAAGCUGAGCUGGAGGAAGCAGGCCGAUGGAAAAGUCUUCCAACAGGAAGACAAGAAGACCAACAAGAGGAGGAGGAAGAGGGAGGAGCUAAAGUCAGUUCACCAGCUGCUCAUCUGCAGUCAGACCCAGACGGAGAGGACCAGAGGAGAGACGAGGAUGGAGAGACUUCUUCUGACCAUCAUCAUCAUCAUCAUCAUCGCUGGGGCAGGGCUGAGUGCUGUCUCAUCAGCUGCUGGACUUCAGUACUACUUGUUUUACGACAGAAAGAACUUUACUGAAGCCCAAAGAUACUGCAGAGAGAAGCACAAAGACCUGGUCACUGUAGACAGCAUGGAGGUUAUGAAGAUCCUGAACAACACGGCAGAUUUAGACAUGUUCUACUCCAACAACAGCUACAGAGCCUGGACAGGACUGUAUCAUCUCCCCAACCCCUGGAGGUGGUCACUGUCGGACACAAGUUUCUACAAACCCGGGGAGACGGAGUUCAGACAAUGGGCGUCUGGACAACCAGACGCUCGAUACAGUGAUAAAACCUGCACAGGGAUGGGUCCUGAUGGACUCUGGUUCAACGACGAUUGUAACAGUAGGCCGUAUACAGUCUGCGCAGAUGUCAGAGGGUCAGAUGUGACUUUUGUCCUCAUCAAAACCUUUAUGACAUGGCCUGAAGCCCAGAGCUACUGCAGAGCUCACCACACAGACCUGCCCAGUGUGAGAAACAUGGCAGAGAACCAGAAGGUACAGGCGGUGGUUGGACUAAACUUGGUCUGGAUCGGCCUUUUCAGAGACUCCUGGAAGUGGUCAGAUGGAAGUAACUCCUCAUUCAGCUUCUGGAAGAACGGCCAACCUGAUUACAACAACGGGAACGAGACUUGUGUGGCUGCAGACUUCAGCCAAUCAGGAGCCUGGGAGGAGUGGCCCUGUGACAUGGAGAGAGCGUUCAUUUGCUACGGUCCAGUGGUGUCAAACAAAGUGAUGAUGAAAGUGAAGUUUGAGAACAAGAAGAAUCUGAAUCUGACUGACCCUGCUGUGAUGGAGGCCAUGUUGAAGCAGCUGAAACAGAAGCUGAGGGCCCAGGGGCUGGACGACAACAUCAAGCUGAGCUGGAGGAAGCAGGCCGAUGGAAAAGUCUUCCACAAGGAAGACAAGAAGACCAACAAGAGGAGGAGGAAGAGGGAGGAGCUGUAAUGUUGAGUUGCUGCGUCUGCUUUCAUCAGAGAAAAGUCUGGUUCUUUGCAAGCAGAAAUACUAAAAAUAUUCACAGCUUCUAGCUUCUCAAACAUGAAGAUUUGAUCAUUUUUUUGUUAUGUUUGGUGAUAAACUUAAUAUAUUUGAGCUUUAGACUGUUGUUAGAAUAAAUCAAGACUUUAGUAUUUAUCUGAUUUGUCAGCUUUGGGGAAAUAUAACCAACAUGUUUUACUGAUAGUUAGCUACAUUAGCAUAGUCAUGAUUUUGGACAUCAGAAGCAUAAAUACUAAAUAUAUUCACAGCUUCUAGCUUCUCAAACAUGAAGAUUUUCUUUUUCAUAUUUGAUGAUAAAGUUAAUAUACUUGGGCUUCAGACUUUAGUAUUUAUCUGAUUUAUCAGCUUUGGGGAAAUAUAACCGACAUGUUUUACUGACUUUUGAUUCAGGUUGUGGUGGAGAUGUUUUAACAUUAAAGGAACACGCCGACUUAUUGGGACUUUAGCUUAUUCACCGUAACCCCCAGAGUAAG